CUCCUCUCCUCUACUCCGCUCCGCCGUCGCUGUUGCUCUCUGAUCCCUAGGGUUUACUUUCCCCUCCUCCUCGAACUCUAGGGUUUUUCCGCUCGCUCUCCGCCACCAUGACGGCCGCCGAGACGCAGGAGGAGCUGCUCCGCAAGCACCUCGAGGAGCAAAAGAUCGAGGGAGAUGAGCCUAUCCUUGAGGAUGACGAUGAUGACGAGGAUGAUGAUGAUGACGAGGAUGACAAAGAUGAUGAUGUAGAAGGAGCAGGAGGUGAUGCUAGUGGAAGGUCUAAGCAGAGUAGGAGCGAGAAAAAGAGCAGGAAAGCCAUGCAGAAACUUGGCAUGAAGACCAUCACUGGUGUGAGCCGUGUCACUAUCAAAAAGAGCAAGAACAUUCUGUUCGUCAUCUCUAAACCAGAUGUCUUCAAGAGCCCAAACUCAGACACCUACGUCAUCUUCGGUGAGGCGAAGAUCGAGGAUCUGAGCUCGCAGCUGCAGACUCAAGCUGCAGAGCAGUUCAAGGCACCUGACCUGAGUAACGUCAUCUCAAAGGCCGAGCCUUCUGCAGCAGCUCAGGAUGACGAGGAGGUCGAUGAGUCUGGCGUCGAGCCGAAGGACAUUGAACUGGUGAUGACACAGGCCACCGUGUCGAGAUCGAGGGCGGUGAAGGCGCUGAAGGCUGCUAACGGUGACAUUGUCACUGCCAUCAUGGAGCUGACGAACUAGUGGAAUCACGAAACGUUGUGGUGGGGAUGGAACUUGUGGGUUAAAUUUUAAUGUUGAGGGCGCAUUGAUAGGAUGAACCCUCCUCCUUGGUUAUGCUAUCUUGAGAGCGGUAGGUAGUGUUACGAAACUUCAAGGCCUAUAUCAUCCUUUGAUAAGAUCGACUGUUUGCUAUUUAAUAUGCCUUUUUCAUUCACUGGUCUCGCUACACAUGCCUGCAUGCUCCAUGGCUUCUAUUAUCGAAAAACUGUUGAAUGUGAAUGAGUAUGUUUUUUUGCA